AUGAAGCUCAUCAACGCCGGCACUUUAAGUGCUCUUGCCUUAUUGACAAGUCUGACUCAAGCUCAGUUGUCCGAUCUUUUUAACAUCACAACAUUUCCCAACGAGCAAAAAGAGAACGUCACGAGAUGGCUCGCUGAGGCACGCAACCUUGCAGGGGCAGAUCUCUCCGCCUACUACGGCCACCGCUGCAUCCUUGGUCAAGUUUACCCGGUCUUGUCUAAUGCAGCUCAGACUCCAGGCUUCAUCGCCCCCCGCGAAGUGUUUGACCGUUUCUACUUUAUCGGCCAAAGCGCUGUCUCGGCGUGGGCAUUCGACACUGGGGAUGGCCUGGUGGUGUUUGACGCGUUAAACAAUGCCGAAGAGGCCGAAAAGAUUUUGAUUCCCAGCCUCGAAGCCCUUGGCUUUUCCGGCAACGACAUCAAGCACCUUAUCAUCACGCACGAGCACUUUGACCAUUAUGGCGGUAUGAGAUACAUUCAAGACAACUUUAAGCCGGCCACAUACGCCUCAGCUCCAGCUUGGGAGACUUUGAAACAGGUUGAAGGCGGACCCAUCCUUGACAAGACCAUCUCAGAGGGCGAGGAAAUCACAUUCGGCAAUGUGACCAUCAAAUUCUACGUCACGCCAGGCCACACACCUGGCAGCUUGUCCUCCAUUUUCAAGGUCUCUGACGAUGGAGUUGAGCAUAUGGCCGGCUUCUACGGUGGCGUCGGCAUACCAAGUAAAGCUGCCGAUAAAGACGCCCAAAUCGUCUCUCUGAACCGCUUCGCAGACUUAGGAAAGGAGGCGGGUGUCGACAUUCUGAUUGCAAACCAUCAGACUCAGGAUCGGGCUUUGUAUCACUUCGACCUGCUGGAGCACCGUCCUGAAGGAGCAGAGCAUCCCUUUGUUAUCGGUUCAGAUGCUUUUGAGAGGUACCUUCGUGUAAAUGCGCAGUGUGUUCGUGUCAAGGCUGCUAGAGAUGGUCAAGAUUUACAAGUGUAG